AUGAUGGCGACUGACAAUUCCCAGUAUAUCUUGCCAUUGUCAUCAUCUAUAAGGAAACCACAACCACAAAAUCCACAUCCCGUCGAUUACAGAGGAAGCAUUAUCACAUUAGUCUCCAAAUACGGUUUACGGUACCAAGGCUAUCUGUAUUAUCUCGAUCACCAUGACAAGACCCUAUGUCUUGCAAACGUGGUCUGUUACGGUACGGAGGGCAGGAACUAUAUUGGGUUUGAUAUUCCACCAUCUUAUGAACUUUACAGUUACAUUGUUUUCACUACAACUCAAAUAAAGGCAAGUAUGUUAGUUGAGUCUCCUGCGAGCUUAUUAGCAAGAGGAGGACUAAGUAGUAAAAUUCAUCGUUCCCCAAAACCACCACUCCCGUACAUAUUCUCGUCAUACAAUCAAGACGGUGCUAAGAUGCGCCAAAAAGUUCCAUUAUUAAUUUCCAAUGAAAAGCUCAGCAAAAAGGAAGCUAUUACAUAUGAUUAUGAUUCUUCCUCAUUUGAGGGAACAGUCAAUGAUGGAUUACAAAUUGCUUGUAGACCCGUUGCUUUACAUCAAUAUCCCGGUUCAAAUUACUAUGAUCCUUGGUUGAACCAUAUGUACCAACCUAUGCCAUGUGCUUCACUUUAUCAUGAUCAUACAAACACUGCACCGUCAAGGAUUGCUCCUCAAAGUUUUUUCACCACGGAUCCGCCUGCUCCAAUUUCUCUCCGGCCGAAAAAUGGAGGGUCUGAUUUUGAGGCAUCCACUAAGAACUUCAAGCCGUACAAGCUAUGGGGUCCUGAAGGACACAACAACCAAGAAUAUCAAACUGCUUAUAGUGUUGAUGGAUCUUCUUAUCAGAACGAUACAUGGAGUUCUCAAGGAAACAUCAAUCAAGAAAAUCAAACUGCUUGUACUAUUGAUUGGUCUUUUCCCAUGAACUCGCGCAAUCCGUUUGAUCCUAUCGGGAGACCUUGGAAUCCCUUUGGCCCUAUCGAGCGACACUGGUCAUAUCUUCUUCCCUCUAGUCAUGAACUGGAAGAUUUGGGAUUUGUGUAA